AUUAGGUUCUACUACGAUGACGUCACCAACCGGACAUAAGCAAUUCGGGAUACUCGAAAGCAGAGUAUUGCAACUCAACAAGUGGGACCUUUGAAGACGACGACGACUAAUAAGAAGACGAAAAAGCAAAGACUAUCUUUUGGUCAUGUCAGUGUUUAUAUAAACAAUAGAUAAUCGAGACUCCUCCUAAGGCGAUCAUCACUCAUCAUCUGCCUACUCGGCGACUAUAUCGGACUUCUGUGAUCGGAGAUCACUCCUCGCCGUCGUCUCCCUUUUCCCCCGGUUUAACUCUACUACAAUGGGGAAAACGAUUCAAGUGUUUGGUUUCCCUAACGGCGUAAGCGCAGAAGACGUCAAAAACUUUCUCGAAAGACUAACCGGCGCAGGCACAGUCUACGCAAUCAAAGUCAGACAACCUAAAAAAGGCGGUCCAAGAGUCUACGCCAUCGUCCAAUUCACAUACGAAAGACACGCUAGACUAAUCCUCACACUAGCAAGCCAACGUCUCGACUACGGAAGAUCUUACCUCAAAGCCUUCGAAGUAGAACAAGACAUCGUCCCUAAACCAAGAGCUUCAUUACACACCCUCCCGAGUUUAAAAAUGUACUUUGGAUGUCAAGUCUCUCCCAAGAAGCUCUCGGUUUUCUGGACUUGUCUAAACGUUGGCGUCUCGUUCGGAACCGGGAUGAGGAAACUCCACUUCUCAUUGUCUUGGUACGAUGAGAAAGAGUAUCGUCUCGAGCUUCCUUACGAAAACAUUUGGCAGAUCGAUUUGCAUUCUCCACCACAAGGGAGAGGAGACUCCUCGAAGUAUCUUGUGAUUCAGGUCAUUGGUGCUCCUAAGAUAUUCGAGAAGGAAGAUCAGCAACUUGUUAACAACAACAGCCUCUUGUCUGCGUUGUUACUAGAUUUCUACAGUGACGGGUCUGACGAGCAGUGGAUAAGGACUACAGACUUUACCACUUCCUCUUGUAUCAGUCAAUCAUCAGCCUUUUGUUUGGAGCUUCCUGCUCAUCUCAACGUCCCUGACUUCAGAGAGAAUUUCGCAAACUACGCAGAACACGAAGCUAGCAGCUUCGUGGUUGAAUCCGGGCGUUGUUACUCGUCAGAAGCGAACAAGCUUGUCCCUGUUGUUGAUCCUCCUCCAGGGUGUUCCUUACCUUUCGAGAUCUUGUUCAAAGUCAAUACAUUGGUCCAAAACGCGUGUAUCCCAGGACCAUCUCUUGAUCCAACCUUCUAUCAACUCCUUGAUCCGCAGAGAUUUGAUAGAGCUUUAAUAGAUCACUGUCUCGAGAAGCUCUUUUAUCUCCAUGAAUGUUGCUAUACUCCUGCUCGUUGGCUACGUGAAGAGUACUCAACUUGGAUCAAGAAAGGGAAGGUUCCACAGUCUCCUAUGAUAUCUCUAGACGAUGGGCUUGUGUACAUGUAUCGUGUUCAAGUUACACCUACGAGAGUCUAUUUCUCUGGACCAGAGGUGAACGUUUCGAACCGUGUGCUAAGACAUUACUCAAACUACAUCAACAACUUUUUACGUGUAUCGUUUGUUGAUGAAGAUCUUGAGAAAGUUCGCUCCAUGGACUUGUCUCCACGGUCCUCUACUGUGAAAAGAACCAAGCUAUACGACAGGAUAAACUCUGUUCUUAGGGAUGGGAUUGUUAUUGGUGAUAAGAAGUUUGAGUUUCUCGCCUUCUCUUCCAGCCAGUUAAGGGAGAACUCUGCGUGGAUGUUUGCGCCGGUCGACGGGAUCACGGCAGCUAACAUCAGAGCUUGGAUGGGGGAAUUCGACAAUAUAAGAAACGUAGCUAAAUAUGCAGCAAGGCUUGGUCAAUCUUUUAGCUCGUCUAGAGAGACGCUUACUGUUAGGAGAGAUGAGAUUGAAGUGAUUCCGGAUGUUGAGAUCAGAACUUCAGAGGCACACUAUGUGUUUUCAGAUGGAAUAGGGAAGAUCUCAGGUGAGUUUGCUAGACGUGUAGCUAAGAAAUGCGGGUUGACGGAGUUCUUCCCUUCUGCUUAUCAAAUCCGUUACGGCGGGUAUAAAGGAGUGGUGGCUGUGGACCCGAACUCGUCGAAGAAACUGUCUUUGAGGAAGAGUAUGAGCAAAUUCGAGUCGGAAAACACGAAGCUCGAUGUGUUGGCGUGGAGCAAGUACCAGCCUUGUUACAUGAACAGACAACUCAUCACGCUUUUGUCUACUCUUGGAGUUGGAGACGAUGUGUUUGAGAAGAAACAAAGGGAAGUUGUAAAUCAGCUCGACGCAAUCUUGACCGAUCCUCUGGAGGCUUUCGAGGCUCUUGGUUUGAUGGCUCCAGGGGAGAACACGAAGAUUCUCAAGGAGCUGAUCUUGUGUGGUUAUAAACCUGAUGCUGAGCCUUUCCUCUCGAUGAUGCUUCAGAAUUUCAGAGCUUCAAAACUGUUGGAACUUCGGACCAAAACUCGGAUUUUCAUACCUCGUGGGAGGUCGAUGAUGGGAUGCCUUGAUGAGACCAGAACGCUUGAAUAUGGUCAAGUGGUCGUGCAGUAUACAGAUCCCACUAGGCCUGGAAGUAAAUACGUCGUUACAGGACCUGUUGUUGUUGCAAAAAACCCGUGUCUGCAUCCCGGUGACGUGCGUGUUCUUGAAGCUGUCAACGUCCCGGCUUUGAGUCACAUGGUGGACUGUGUUGUUUUCCCGCAGAAAGGCUCGAGGUAAACUCUUGGUUCUGAUUUUUUUUUUUUUAACAAAUUUUCUUUAUUAAAGUCUGAAUAUUACACUGGAAUAUGGUGUUUUUUUGUGCAUAGGCC